GAGAAUCUCUACAGAAUCAAGUUCUUGUUUCACCUUUAACCUUAUAAAGAUUCACUACACCUCCAAAAAACAGCUCUCAGGUAUAUUUCAAUGACCGAGAUUGUAGAGCACUCGACCGGAGCCAUGGAAAUAGAAGAAGCCGUGGAUGAGCUAGAUCGGUGUGCGGUGGAGGAGGUUGAGCUAACCGUUCCAAAAACCGACGAUCCAACGUUACCGGUUCUCACUUUUAGAAUGUGGGUUUUAGGUCUUGCCGCGUGUAUCAUACUAUCGUUUGUGAACCAGUUUUUCUGGUACAGACAGAUGCCGUUGACCAUUACAGGAAUCUCGGCUCAGAUCGCGGUCGUGCCGCUCGGUCAUCUGAUGGCUCGAGUGCUUCCAAAUAAGAAGUACUUGGAGGGAUCAAGGUGGGAGUUCAAUAUGAAUCCUGGUCCGUUUAACAUCAAGGAACAUGUUAUGAUCACAAUUUUCGCUAAUUCUGGAGCAGGAACGGUUUAUGCGACUCAUAUACUUAGUGCUAUUAAGCUUUAUUAUAAGAGAUCUCUUCCGUUUCUACCGGCUUUUCUCAUUAUGAUCACUACUCAGUUUCUCGGGUUUGGGUGGGCUGGUCUAUUCCGUAAACACCUUGUUGAGCCAGGUGAAAUGUGGUGGCCAAGCAGUCUAGUUCAAGUGUCUUUAUUCAGUGCCUUGCAUGAGAAGGAAAAGAAGAAAAAAGGAGGCAUGACCCGAAUCCAAUUCUUCAUCAUAGUCCUUGUUACUAGCUUCGCAUACUACAUUCUCCCUGGCUAUCUAUUCACAAUGAUAACUUCCAUCUCAUGGGUCUGUUGGCUUAGCCCAAAAUCGGUUUUGGCUAACCAACUCGGUUCAGGUGAACAAGGUCUUGGUAUAGGCGCAAUUGGUAUUGAUUGGGCUACAAUUGGCUCUUACCUCGGCAGUCCACUUGCUAGCCCGAUCUUCGCUACCGUCAAUGUAACCAUUGGUUUUGUAAUAAUUAUGUAUGUCGCCACUCCCAUUUGCUAUUGGCUUAAUCUUUACCGUGCCAAAACAUAUCCCAUAUUCUCAAGUGGGCUUUUCAUGGGCAAUGGAUCGUCUUAUGAUGUUUUGAGCAUCAUUGAUGACAAGUUCCAUCUCGACCGAGCCGUCUAUGCAAAGACUGGUCCUAUCCAUAUGAGCACUUUCUUUGCGGUUACAUAUGGUCUUGGGUUUGCCACUUUGUCCGCAACCAUUGUCCAUGUUUUACUCUUUAACGGAAGGGAUCUAUGGAAGCAAACAAGAGGAGCUUUCAAGAGGAACAAGAAAAUGGAUAUUCACACUAGAAUCAUGAAGAAAAACUACAGAGAAGUUCCCAUGUGGUGGUUUUUGGUGAUCCUCAUACUCAACAUUGCGCUCAUCGUGUUCAUCUCUGUGUACUACAAUGCAACCGUGCAGCUACCUUGGUGGGGAGUGUUGCUAGCUUGUGCUAUUGCCGUCUUCUUCACUCCUCUUAUUGGUGUUAUUCUCGCCACGACUAAUCAGGCACCGGGUUUGAACGUCAUCACAGAAUAUGUAAUCGGAUACAUCUAUCCAGAACGUCCGGUUGCGAACAUGUGCUUCAAAGUGUAUGGAUACAUCAGCAUGACUCAGGCUCUAACAUUCAUCCAAGACUUCAAACUCGGCCUCUAUAUGAAGAUCCCUCCUAGAAGCAUGUAUUUGGCACAGGUAGUUGGGACGCUUGUGGCUGUGCUAGUAUACACAGGAACUGCUUGGUGGUUAAUGGUAGACAUUCCUCAUUUGUGUGACAAAUCUUUGCUUCCUGACGACAGUCAAUGGACAUGCCCGAUGGAUCGUGUCUUCUUCGAUGCAUCAGUGAUUUGGGGACUCGUAGGACCACGUCGAAUGUUCGGUGACUUAGGAGAAUACUCAGCCAUAAACUGGUUCUUCCUCGUAGGUGCAAUCACUCCUUUCUUCGUCUGGCUAGCGACCAAAGCGUUUCCAGCUCAAAAAUGGAUCUCACAAAUACAUUUUCCAGUUAUUUUAGGAGCAACCUCGAUGAUGCCACCCGCGAUGGCGGUUAAUUUCACGAGCUGGUGCAUCGUGGCAUUUAUAUUCGGACACUUUGUGUUUAAGUACAAGAGAGAGUGGUGGACAAAGUACAAUUACGUUUUGUCCGGAGGUCUGGACGCGGGAACUGCGUUUAUGACAAUACUGAUUUUUCUGGCGUUAGGACGCAGAGGAAUUGGACUGGCGUGGUGGGGAAACGCUGAUGAUAGCACAAACUGUGGCCUCGCAUCUUGUCCUACUGCCAAAGGCGUAGUAACGCAGGGUUGUCCUGUUUUCUGACCUUGUCACAGUUAAGUACAAAUUCUUUAGCUUGUUGUUUAUUCUUCUCUUUGUUUCUUUUGUUUUGUUUAUUCUUC